UAGAACUGCACCGUGUCGUGUGCUUUCUGUUUCAUAGGUCCGGGGGAGCGCAAGUUAGUAGACGUAACGUUAGUCUGGUCUCCAAAGUAGCCAACUCAAACGUAAUGUAUCAUAAUGUAAUUAAUCGUAAGGUUUCUGUAUAUCGAUAGGUUCAUAUUGCGUUAGCAAAGCAGAGUUCGUGGGUUCGAUCCCAGGGAAUUAAGUACUGAUAAAAUAUUAAUUGGUGUGUUAAGCGUCUGACGCGAGCAGCUCGUGCUAUAAUAGCGAUAAUAUACGUUACGCAACGUGUUAAAUGUGCUUCCGUGUUGAACUUAUCAUUAGUUUAUCCGCAAGGAUACAAGAUCAAGAUAAGAUCUUUAACUAUAAUAAAAUACUGUACAUGUUAGGUGCUACUACAAAUAAUAAAAAAUGCGGAUAUGCCAAUAGAUAUGUUUACCUAUGGCGAUUAUUAUAAUAUUAUGUCUCUAAUAAAUCAGUAAUCUCUUCUGUACUCUGACAGCUGAAGCCCAUCUUAUCUUGUCGUCGUUUUUCCCACGACCUCUCCCCAGCUGUCCUAGGUUUCAUGACACAGAUAGCUUUAGGUCACUUAGGGGUCAGACAGCAGGGAUCUGAUGGAUCUCAUGAAUGAAGACCCCAAUGUCUUGACUUACAAACCCAUGAUCUCACGCAUAGAGUAUCACAUCAAGUUGAAUCCCCCUUGAGAUCAUUUUUCCUGAUUUAUCAUUGUAGUAGUGGUGCUGUAAUACAAGGAGUGUGCUGUGCACUUUUACUCAUUCUGUUUGUGUUGUUGAUGAUGCUAUUUUUGAUCUGUGACUUUUAAAAGUGACCUCAAGCUUUAAAUUGAAGGACACACAAAGCAGAGAGGAAUGGAGGGAUUAUCAUUGGCUGUACAAGAUGUUCUCAUCUGUAUCCGAACAUUGGGAAAUGCUUAGGUCAACACUUUCUGUUGGACCCAUCUGCAAAGCACGUUCACAAAAGAGGAAACAAUCUUACCAAAUUAAACAUUGUGGCACUGUGGUACUGUUAUGGUGUCAGAUGGGAGUGCCAUAGUCAUUUAAUAUAAACUGAGGUACAGAGUGAUAACAAUGGUAAGGUACCACUGUAUAGUACAUGAUGCUCCAGGUUGAAGGCUCCCAAACAUUCGAUUAACUUACUUUGAAGUUGUUUGUGACUAAUGAAAAAUAACUUCUUAAAAUUGCACUGACAAAAAUGAAAUAUACUAUAGAUCAUGUCACAAGACGUAAAUAACCUUGGUCCAGAACCACUUCCUGUUUUAUUUAUUUAUUUUCAUUUCACUUCUACAAUUAGUCUUAAAUAUGCUCGUUUAACAUUUUAAUCAGUUCUAAAUCUUCUCUCGGUUGUAUUUUGUUGUUACGUUUGUGUAGUGUUAAAUAACUGAAACGGGAAGUGUUUUGCACUGGCGUUGUUGUUUACAUAUUGCGAAAUUGUCUUUAGACACGUUCCGUGGUUUUAAAGGUUUACUCAUAUAUUUGACGUUUCUAUUCCUAGAUAUCACAGUUUAAAACUAUGAUAUUUUUGUUUCAAUGGCUGACAAAAUCUUUAAAAAAAAAGACUUUACCGUUGCUCUACCAAAGCAAAUACCUAAGCACAUGGUAAUAUUUGGCAGCUCCUUUUAGUGGAGGAUUGUAUAGCGGUUUCGUGUUAACAUGGCUAACGUAGGACAUUCACAUGACAUAAACAUGAAAAAAACAAGCUGUGCAAAGGGUGGCUACAUAUAUAUCUGUUAAAACAAUAGAAUUUUACUGUAAAAAUCAAAAGGAAAAAUUGUGUGUGGAGGGGGAUUCAUUUAAAAUCAGCAAGUGACUCUUUUGACUGGUACUGUUGCAGAGUGUUGUUACCCUUGCAGAAUUUUAUGACAAGUUACACAGACUCAUUCUCAGUUAAAAAAAUUACACCAUAUGUGCUGAAAUUGGCAUUUGUUACACUAUACCAGAUCUUGAAGAUGUUGUUUGUCGGCUAUGUGCGUGCGUGCUUACGUAAGUGCACGCACAUGCUUGUGUUUGUGUAUGCAUGUCUGUGUUGUAACCAUUGUUACUUCUUCCUUUCUAUGAAGUUGCAUGUGUAUAGUUUGGCUGUAUUACGUGCACAAAAUCAUAUGUUGAAACUUGGUUAUAUUGUGUAUACCCUGUAAAAACUUGCUCAAUCUUGUAACAAUCUGUGCACUCACUGUGUGUGAGUCUAUAUGGUCUCAAACCUGUAAUCUCAGUCUGACAGAAGCUAUUUUACACGCAGCCAGUGGUGCAUUGCUGUUUGAAACCACACUAACACAACUUCAAGAAUUCAGGUUGUUGAAGAAACUCAGAAAGGUUUGGAAUGACAGGAGGUUGUGUUAAAAAGGAAUAUGUCACUUUUGGUUGACCUUUUUCUCUAAAUGUCAAUACUUGUGCGUUCCAUGGGCAGCAGCACUAGUAGUUUGUAUAGUGCCCUGGCAAAUACCAUCAGCAGCCCUGCUCUCUCUCAGCCGUGUGUCUCUGGGUACAGUCCAAAUAGCGACCUGGAUUUCCAUCAGGACCCGGUGGACCCUUUGGGGCUGCUGCGAGAAUGUAAAGAGGUUCUGAGAGACCGGCCAGCGCGACUGCACAGAACCUUUGUUCAGACCGGCCAUUGGGACUCGGGGCAGAUGCAGAUCAGAGUUAUGCAGUGGAAUGUACUUGCACAAGCUCUCGGUGAAGGCAUGGACAGUUUUGUGAAGUGCCCCCUGGAUGCUCUGAACUGGCCUGAACGAAAGUAUUUGAUCCUGGAGGAGAUCCUGACCCACAAACCUGACAUCCUGUGUCUACAGGAAGUGGAUCACUACUUUGACAUGUUUCAGCCCAUUCUGGCUAGUUUAGGCUACCAGAGCAGUUUCUGCCCCAAACCGUGGUCCCCGUGUCUGGAUGUCGAGAACAACAAUGGUCCUGAUGGCUGUGCUCUGUUCUUCAACCACAAACGCUUCCAGUUGAUAAACACGACGAACCUACGACUGUCUGCCAUGAUGCUUAAGACUAAUCAGGUAGCGAUUGUCGCUACGCUGCGUUGCCAAGCAACGCGGCGGGCGUUCUGUGUCGCCGUAACGCAUCUGAAGGCACGGAGCGGGUGGGAGGUCCUACGUAGCGCGCAGGGGUCGGAUCUUCUGCUGAACCUGAGGAACAUUGCACAAAGUGUGGGCACUGAAGAAAACGGAAACUCUGACGUUCCUAUGAUAGUAUGUGGUGAUUUUAAUGCAGAGCCAACAGAGGACGUCUACAGGAAUUUUGCAACAUCUAGUCUCGGAUUGGACAGCGCAUACAAGCAUCUCAGCACGGACGGAAAAACAGAGCCACCUUACACAACGUGGAAGAUCCGCCCAAGCGGGGAGAGCUGCCACACGCUGGAUUACGUGUGGUAUUCACACACAGCGUUCCAUGUUCAUGCAGUUUUGGACUUUCCUACACCAGAACAAAUCGGACCAAAUAGGCUGCCUUCCUAUAACUACCCAUCAGAUCACCUCUCGCUCGUCUGUGACUUAGGCUUUAAGGAUUUGAAGCCUGUUUGCUAAUAAAUCAGACUUAAUGGUUGUUUCGCAAGAUGUUUAACAAGUAGCGACUUGGCAAUGUUUCCACAUGUUCUGUGUUGUGUUUCUAAAUAAUUCUUGAUGCAGUAAGUGCAUUCUUAAAGGGACGGUUCACACAAAAUAACGUUCUGUCAUUGAUUUCUCAUAUUAAAUCCAACGUUUUGUCAAUUUUUUCUAAAUACUUUGUUGUUCCAUAAAGUAAAUCAUGACUGCUGUUAUUUUGGUGACCUAUUAUUUGUUUGAAUGCAGCUGACUUUGAGAAUGUAGAUUUAAAUGCAAAGAAAAACUUUUUCAGGUAUGAUUGAACUUGUUGGUGAGGCUAAUGUGCAUCCAACAAAUGCAUUGUUGUAUUCCUGUUGCAGACUUAAAUUAAACCAAAUAGUUUGAUAAAAUAUUGUGUUCAUUCAAGCAAUAGAAGUGUAUUUUUGUCACUAAUAUUUUAGAUUUAUGCUUUAUCACCUCCUAUAAGCUUAACAUUUUUGCAAAGGACAUUUAUCAGGUAACCACACUGCUCCUUAGUGGCGGAACAUCUUACUGCAUGAACAUAAGUCAUACUAUGCAUUUAUUCAGUACACUAAAGCAGCCUGCAUUACAGGUAUUAUGCAAUGAGAACUGUUUUGUUGAUAUAAAUUUAACACUUCUGCAGUGUUAAAUAAAUUAAAUUAGGUAGAGAAGUAUUUAGAUAGUCUAGCCAAAUGUAAGAAUGUCACUGAAUAAAUAAACUAUUAAAG